GAGGACGAUGACACUGAAGACCGAGAGGUCCCUCCCACUGAGUGUGAGGAUGUGUCAGAUAUUGGUAGUCAUGAUGUGAAAGCGAGCUUCCCUCCCACCUCAGCAUUACUAAGGAUGUUAUGGAGCGCUGCAUUCAUCUGCUGUCUGAUCCCAGCCUCAGGCUCCGACUCAAGGGACAGCAAACAGGUCGCCGUGGUGUAUUUUAGGAACGGUUACAUGCCUGACAACUACACUUCUGAACAGAGCUGGGAUGCUCGUCUUCUGAUGGAGCGCUGUCGAGCUGUGAAGAGUCCAGAUAUCAGCGCUCACCUGGCUGGUACCAAGAAGGUUCAGCAAGUGCUCGCCAGACCUGGAGUCCUGGAGAGGUUCUUCCCGGACCAGCCUCAAGCUGUGCAGCAGAUCCGAGCGACAUUCGCUGACCUCUACUGAUGAUAAUACUUUUGAAAAUGGCAGUUUAAUUUAUUGGGCA